AUGAAGGAGAUCAAUCCCAACUUCUUUUAUGCCAUAGAUGUUGAUGAUGCAAAUAAGUUCAAGAGCGCACUCUGGGUAGAUGCAAGGUGCAGGGAUUCGUAUGAAUAUUACGGAGAUGUGGUGUCGUUCGACACCACUUACAAAAGAAACAGGCAUGGUCUACCAUUUGCAUCCUUUGUCGGUGUAAACCACCAUAGAAAGUCUACUCUUCUUGGUUGUGCUUUACUUGGGAGCGAGGAGACCCCUAGUUUUGAGUGGGUGUUCAUCACUGACCAGUUCAAGGCCAUGGCCGGUGCUAUUAGGAAGGUCCUACCUGAUACUGUCCACCAAUGGUGCAUCUGGCACAUAAUGAAGAAGUCACAAUUCAAGGUUGGAGGUUCUAUUUCUCGCUUUCGAGACCUAUCAAAGCCCUUUGAAGAGCACUUUGCUGGAUCGGCCAUCUACCUACAUGACUCUGAUUACCUGAAUACAAUCAAGCAAGGCCAGCAAGAAAGCCUCAGGGACUACAUAACGCGCUUCACAAAGAUAGCCAUGAGUAUACCCGACCUCCACCCAGAGGUGGAACUGCACGCCAUAAAAAGUGGACUGCGACCAGGAAAAUUCCAGGAAACUAUUGCCAUAGCCACUACAAGAAAAAAGUCGAUUAGCUACUACAAAAAUUAUCGUAAAAUCGUCGCUAAUCUGACGCAAAAUAUGAUUUGUGACGGAUUAGCUACCGCCUAG